AUGCUCGACGUGAAGAUCGGCGUGGAGACGGCCGUCGCCGGCUGGCACGGCAAGAGCGCGUUCGCAGCGUGGAGGCAGUCGUACCUGGACAAGGCGACGAACUCGGCCGGCCACGGCUCCCGCCUGGAGGGGUUCGACAGCCCCCCGGAGACUCUCAGGAGCUUCCAGUCGCUGCUGUCCUCGGUGCUGGUCGCCAAGAGGCAGCUCCAGCGCUUCCACAUCCAGUGCAUGACCGCUUCGACGUACCUGCCGCUCUUCCUGGACCUGCACUCGGCCAGCGGCACGGCCGACGCGCCGGACUUGGAGGGCCGGCUGACCAGGAUAGAGACGCAGGA